GCAGGCGGCGCUGGUCGCUGUCCUGGGUGUUGAAUCUGCUGCUGCUGCCGCUCGCCGGAGCCGGGGAGCGGCUGCGGGAGGCAAAGGGCGGGCGGGCGGGCGGCAUGGAGUGAGGGCUGGCGGCGGCGGGCAGGGGAGCGGGACAGCCGCCUGCGAUGGGCCAGGCAUGAUGGGGGCGCUCGGCUCCGUCCUCCCGCUGCUGCUGCCGCCGCUGCUGCAGGUCCUCGCCGCCGCCCCGCGCAGCCAACCGCCCUCCGCCGGAGCCGCCGCCGAGGCGCGGAUCGGCUGCCUGUUUGAAGAUGACCUUUGCAAAUCUUUUGAGAUCUGUGUAAAUGAUGGAAUAUUUGGGAGAUGUCAGCGAGUGCCAGUAAUAGACACCUAUAAAUAUGACAUUUCACCCCCUGUUCUUCAGCGCUUAAGGAUCAUCCUGGAGAAGCUUUCACACAGAGGUUUUACCUGGCGAGAUGAUUAUACACAGCAUGUUAUUGGCCAGGAACUCUCAACCAUUCACAAAAUCCACAACAGACGCCCUGAUAUAUUUGCAUCUGAAGGAUCUGAUACAGGAGGGACUUUGGGACAGAAUGCAGAUAAUGAAAGAAAUUACGAUCUGGAAAAUGAUGUGAACUUGGCCAAGUCUCUUCAGCAAUAUCUUAAAUAUCUCAGUAUUCUCUCCCAGUCUGCAGCUACAAAUUUGUAUCCAAGGAAGAUGAAUGACAAAGCUUCUGUCAAGAGCUACAUCUAUAAUGAUCCCAUCAGGUACUACAUGAUGCAAAAACCCAAAGAGCGAGCACCUCCUUUGGCCCAUGCAUCAACAUCCCAUCAACAGCACACGGAAAAUCUCCUUGGAAGGACCUUCAACCAGCCUCAGCCAGACAAGUUCUCGCCAGAGUCAGAAAUGGGGCUUGACCAAAAAACUCUGAUGGCGGCACUGCAUACGUUCAUCACUCGGAACUUGUCAGCACAAAGCAAUGAUAAAAGCUCUCAGAGCAGGACUAAAGGGUCUCACAUUUAUGCUGAUAGAUUCUACCCUUCGCAAGUCAGUCCUUUUGAUGGAAAUUUUGCCAAAGGAAAAGCAGAUUUUAAAGUGAAGAAGCUGUUCCAGCCAAGACCUGCGUCUGGAGUGCUGGGGCCAACCCCUGAGAUGCUGAAUCAUAAGUCUGCUUCCCAGGAUGAUCCAAAGGACCCUCUGAGUGUAGUGGAUGAGGCACUUAUUAAAGAUGUAUUGAAGGACCUAGAGAAACACCAAGUGAAUGUGGAGAAUCUCAGCUCAACAGAACUGGAUGAGAUUGCUGAUACUAUCGCCAAUGCAAUUCAAACCGUUGGCAUUCAGGAAGAAACAGAAGAGGGUGCUGGAAAAACUAAAGACGACAAAACAGAAGCACAAAUAAAGAAAGGAGAUGCUCAAGGAAGGGCAGAGGUUCAGAAUGAAUUAAUGGAAAACAGUGUUAAUAUACCAGACAAUGGAGUGCGUGAAGCCAGUGCCAGAAUUGAUAAAGAGGAGAACACUGCAAAACUAGUUAACUUCUUGAAUGAGAAUGCAUUACCUCAAAAUAUGCCUAAAGACCUUAUACCUGAAAAAUCUACUAAGACAGAAACCAAGAAAUCGGAAGGCACUGACUCUUCUUCCUCAGAAGAAAUAAAUGCUGGUGUGGAAAAUGUAAAAAGUGAGACUUUCUCAAGGGAACUGACAGCUGCAAAGAAUAGUGACUCUGACUCCAAAGACCCGAGUGAGAUCCACUACUGGAUUAAGAACACUUUAAUGCAGGAUGGAAACUCCUACAAAGAGCCUCAGAAAAGUAUGGGACAAGGCUUGCAACUUGAAGUGAAGUCUUCGGAGGAGAAAGAAUACGGCUAUAUUGUGACAGUGAAAGACCCCCUGAGUGUGGAAAAGGGCUUGGAUUUAAUAAAGGAAGUGGCAGAUCUCCUGAAGCUGCAGAUGAGUGCCUUCGAUGAUGUCAACGUGCUGGGACCAGCUGUGACCUUCAGAGUGCACUCAAACCUCCAAAACAUUUCAACUGCAGAUGUUGCCAAAGCAGCAGCUAUAAACAAAGAGAAGCUUGAAAAAACAACUGGACUGAAAAUUCUGCAGACUGGUGUGGGGGAGAAAAGCAACGUCCCGCCGCUCCCGCAGCGCGGGGAAGAGGCAGAGUCCGCCAAAUUCCUCCUCCUCACCCUCCUCUCCCUCGCCUGCAUCGCCGGGGUCCUGGCGGCGUCGGGGGUCGCCUACUGCCUCCGCCACCGCGCCCACCACCGCCUGAAGGAGAAGCUCUCGGCCCUGGGGGCCGACGCCGGCUCCGACGCCCCCGCUGCUUAUCAGGAGCUAUGCCGUCAGCGCAUGGCAGUGAAAACAUCUGAUCGCCCGGAGCCCCUGCAUGCUUCUCGAAUAAAUAGCGUUUCUUCACAAUUUAGCGAUGGGCCCAUUCCCAGCCCCUCGGCCCGGAGCAGCACAUCGUCCUGGUGCGAGGAGCCGGUUCAGUCCAACAUGGACAUCUCCACCGGUCACAUGAUCUUGUCCUACAUGGAAGAUCAUCUGAAAAACAAGAAUCGUCUGGAGAAGGAAUGGGAAGCUCUGUGUGCUUAUCAGGCUGAACCCAAUGCCACCACCGUUGCACAGCAGGAGGAAAAUACCCAGAAGAACCGCUCACGGACUGUAGUACCAUAUGAUCAUUCCAGGAUAUGUCUGAAAGGUGAAAAUAGCCACGACAAUUCAGACUACAUCAAUGCUAGCCCAAUUAUGGACCAUGACCCCCGAAACCCUGCAUAUAUUGCCACCCAGGGCCCUCUCCCUGCUACUGUCGCUGACUUCUGGCAGAUGGUCUGGGAGAACGGCUGUGUCGUUAUUGUCAUGCUGACACCCCUCGCGGAAAACGGAGUCAAACAGUGCUACCACUAUUGGCCAGACGAAGGGUCAAACCUCUACCACAUCUAUGAGGUAAACCUUGUCUCUGAGCAUAUCUGGUGUGAGGAUUUCCUUGUGAGGAGCUUCUACCUGAAGAACCUGCAGACGAACGAGACCCGCACAGUGACACAGUUCCACUUCCUCAGCUGGAACGAUCAGAGGGUUCCCGCUUCCACAAGAUCACUUCUGGAUUUCCGCAGAAAAGUAAACAAGUGCUACAGGGGUCGCUCUUGUCCAGUAGUUGUUCAUUGCAGCGAUGGUGCAGGAAGAAGUGGAACCUACAUUCUAAUUGACAUGGUUCUCAAUAAAAUGGCCAAAGGUGCUAAAGAGAUUGAUAUUGCUGCUACCCUGGAGCACUUGAGGGACCAGAGACCAGGCAUGGUCCAGACAAAGGAGCAGUUUGAGUUUGCUUUGACAGCGGUUGCAGAGGAAGUGAAUGCAAUACUCAAGGCACUUCCCCAGUGAGCGGCUCGGCCUCCCAAAGCUUCCUGCAGGAUCCGUCCCUCGUUUUCCUCAUCCUCAGUCCCUGUGAAUGUUCUUGGAAACCGUGACCUGACCUUAACUGUGUAUCUUCUGUUGUAACCACAUAGUGAUAGGGUCCUUACAAACUCCUUUAGCUGGUAAAAGUUCAACAGUUAAAAUGUGUAUUCUGUUUUUUGGGGUUUUAAACAAGUUUUUAAAAGUACAUUGAAGCCUCGGAUUAAGUGACAGAACAAUCCAUCUAAUUUCUUUCACAUCCUCGAAGCCCUGAAUGUCACACUUUGAAAGCACACAUUUAUGUUCUUAAUAGCAAAUAUACAGUAUUGUGGGUAAUUAGUGCAGUCAAUAUAGUCUCAGAAAACAGUGUUCUGUUAUAUUCUGUAACUUCUCAAAGGCUGAAUAAGAGGGGGGGGCCUGAAGAGGAUGGUGAUUGUUCCUAUACAAUGCCGAGCUAGAGCAUGAAACAGUGCUGAGGGUGUGAGUAAACACAGGUCCAGGCUCUGGCAAAGAGAGCUUGCACCUUCUCAUGCUGGGCUUUGGCAAGCAAAUGUUUUCUUAACUGUUGUUUACUUUUCAGCUUUGUGCCAUGAAUGGAAGAAAAUCUGAACUAUAAGUAAGUAGGCCUGCACAGUUGUUGCAACUGGGGAGAACGAGUUGGUCACAUUAAUGGGAAGCCGGGAGAUAACGAGCACAGCAACUCUGACCAUGUACCUACCACUGACAGCGCAGAAAAGGAGAGUGUAGACUCACCUCAGGUGAUGGGGAAAGGCCCUGUCAGCAGUCAGGUAAAUGUCCGGAGCUGUUGUGGAAACAGAUUGUUGAUUUUAUGGGAUUACUGAGGAAGAAAACGGGACUCUCCUCUUUAUAUUUUUGCAUUUCCCUCUGUAAAACUGUGCUGUGCCAUCCUUUUUAGCCAGGAAAAAUAUAUUUCUGUAAAAGCCUGGCUGAGGGAGAAAUCUCCAAUCUGCAUUUUAUGAUUCUCAUCGAGUCUGUCUGAUCCAGACAUUUGUUGCACCUUUCUGCAGAGGCUCUGCUUGCUCCUUGUUCUGAAUGAUACCUAUUUUAACUAACCAUUAAGGGAUAAAGAAGCACACAGGUUGAAUUUCAGAGAUUCUUAUGUUCUCAAAAUCCUAAUGCCUACUGUUGCAAAGUAAUGCUAAAAUGUGUCUGUGAAUGGUUUGGUUAUGCAAUCUUGCUUAUGUGAAUUCAUAGCUUUAGUUGUGGUACUCUUCUGAAGGAAUUUAAAUUAUUGAUAGAAAGUACUCUGAUAUGUUUGAAUGAAGGGCCUGAGUAAAAUCAUCAAAGGUACCUAUGUGAUCUAGGCUCUUAAUUUCAUUUUCAAAAGUGAAUACUUCGAUGCUUUUUCAUAUGUUAUCCUACAUCUCCAUGGUUUAAGAAUCUGGGGUGCUUUUUUUUCCAAAAUCUUAACAGUGUUGUGUGCUUGAAACCAUAUUAAGCUAAUCGUUUAACUUCAGCACUGGAAAAUAUAUCACUGAAUUUAAUUUGGGAAGGGGAAGCUUUUAUAAACUUCUAAUCAGUGAAAUGUUAAAGAUGACAAUAUCAGAGAGUUUUGCUGGCACAGAGGUAACAGGCAUCUGUUGAAAUCAACUAUGUUGCAAUUUUGUGUUGUGGGUGUGGAUAUUGGUGAUUUCUUCUUUUUAGCAAUUAAAGAGUUAUUUAAAAAAAAAAAAAAAAGCAGAAGGCUUGUUACUUUUUGCCAUACAUUUUUGUAUGCUUUGCUUGGUAUGUGCUGUUGCUUAAUUUGUGCGUUCCAUUACUAUAGCAGUACAGAGCAGUUACUGCAGAUGCCAUCAUCCUCUUAAGUACACAUACUGUACAUUAAGCCACAUGUUUAUUUUAUGGCCUAGGCAUUUUAGAGCUUUCCUAGCAAUAACUAAAAAAACUAAUGGAGUAUGAAUGAGAAAAUUGCCUUUUUCAUUUGAUAAUUUAGGUUUAACAGGAUUCUUUUAUUACUUUAGCUAACACAAAAUUGCAGAUCAGGGCAGAUGAGAUCAGUUUAAGCAGUAUCAGCAAGUGUUUGAAGUAGAUUUACUGUGAGCCAUGUACUGCAGCUUUCUGAAAAUACAGGUAGUUAUAUCCAAACAAACUGUCCAAAGAAUCAAAAUCAGGGCAUCCUAAGCCAAGCCCUCCGAUUAUUGGGUAGAAUUAUUUCCCAGAGCAAGAUGCUGUGCCAUUACCUACUGCCAAUGGGCUAAUGUGUUUUUAGCACAGAUUUCUGCCAUGGGAUUCAUUAGCGUUCGCCUUCUGACUGUCCCUGUGCAUACCGCAAACAUGGCUGACAAGCUUUUCGUUUGCACUUCAGGAAUAUUUUUUAAUUGUUCUUUUGCAAAUAUUUGCAUUUCAUAAUAGCAAUUUCAGGGUGAUCCCUAUUAAUUCACAAGCAGCUGAGUAUAGGACUUAAAUAUUGCUCUUCAUGCUUUGGAGUUUAUUUAGCAUAGAUUAGAGGGCAUUAAUCUUCCCCAAGGCUAAUGGGGCAGGGGUCUAUUGUUUUAUUCAUACUUGUAGACCAGUUUACACAACAGAAAGAUGCAGUCUUACUCAGAGGGUUAGAGUCUGUCCCACUGAAUGUCAUUGACAAUCCUGUUAUUUCAGCCAUGUUUUGUACAGUUCUUCCACAAAGAGGUGUCAGGCUUAUUCUGUUGACUGUAAACUAUCACACAGAGUAUUUUGUCUGCAGGUAGCAUACUGUUCACACCUCUCGAUAAACGCCCUGCUUCUGGGGGUGAUAACCUGCCGUGGGGUCUAUUAGUGAAAUGCAGGUUUCAGUUGCACCAGGGCAGUCCGGAGGGGUUUGACAAUCCAUUUCCCGGGAAGAUGCCAAAGCCAUGGAUGAAGCCACAGAGAUGGGUUUCUCAUGCAGGGCAGGUAUUUCUUUACCCUUUUCACUGCAGUUAACUUAGUCCUUGUGAUUUGGCAAAGGAUGUUGUUCAGGCCACCGCUGGCCACUUGCACUGGACGUGAGUGCUGCCCCAUGUUCACUGGCAGCUUGAGUUGAGCUUCUUCCUGGAAGCCAGCAUCACCUGAGAGCUCAGAGUCAAAUGAGAGCCACCGUCCUUCCCCGUUCAAUAUUCUGCUUUAUCUUGAGUAAACUUAUUGUGAUUGAAACUUGGGCUGGUGCCUGACACGUAGCCAUAAACAGCAUGUGUUUAAUAUUGACCAUCCUCGUGUUCUUGAUAAAGACAAAUUGAAUCUACAGGUGCUGUGUCUGUGGAUGAAUCUUUAAAUGACAUUUAAGUGGGAGAGCUGCAGGAGGGCAAUUCAACCCCAGUCCUCACAGUUUCCUUCCUUGCUGGUCAAAGCCUGUGGCAGAGGGAGAAAACCCUGUUUUCCCAGAGGCACAGCAGCGAGCACAGCUGCUGGCACUGAGCAGGGCAGUGACCUGACCAGACCCCAUGCUCAUGUAGUCACAGUGUGUGCAGAUAUGAGGGAUGGAGAGGUGGUUGUCACCAGCGUUGAUAGUUUGUAGGAGUAACAGCACAGGUGCUUUCUCCAGCCUUCGCCCUUCCCAUGACAAGGGCUGAGAUUUAGAGGGAUGGAGGGGCAGGACAGCACCAUUCCCCAAAGACCAGAUCCUUGAGGUUCAGCCCUAGCCACAGGGAAAACGGUGUGGGGUUUGCUUUUGGCUUCACGUGUUUCAGGUGUGAGCUCUACCCAGUGCUCCUGACCAUUGUCUGUGGGACCUGGUGCAGCCCAGGUAACAUCCAGUGGAAGUCCUUGGCAAUUGAGAGGGCCAAGAAUGAAUUUCAGCAGAAAAUCCCAUAUCCAAAUCUCAAUCCAGUAGUAAAACAAGCAAGAUUAUUUUUAUAGAUGCUACUAAACGUUUAAAACAUUUUAAAAUAUUUUUUAAAUCUACACCAAUGACUAAACCUUGUUCCUGUCUCUAGCAUGCAUGCAGAACCAAUCUCCAUCUAUCCCCAGGGGAAUGACAGCUAUAGUACCUGUAAGGAGUUCAUGCUUUAUUAGUCAAGUGGAACAUUAAUAAAACCCAGCCCACCUCAUAAUUUCCAGAAUAGUCAUUAAUUAAAACUGUUUAUUGGAAUAGAAAACAAGUAUUUGAUUAGGUUUGUUACAGAACAAUAGCUCUCCUAAUUUUUAUUCUGCAUAUUUUAUUCUUUGUUUAGAAAAUUCUCUUAAGAAGCAGUUGAGAUAAUUCGCUUUUUAAAACUGUACAGUUUCUAUGGUUUUGCUUUUUAAAUGAGAGUACACUUUGUAGAUUUGAUUAUUAUAUUUUUCUGUUAAGAUUACAUUGGGCAUUACAAAAGCAUUCCCCACCACAGUGAAAAGAAAGCUAUCCUGUUGGUUUAUUGUAAAAGAAAAAAAAAAUAAUUAAAAUUGCAGAGCUGUGGCAUACUCAAUCCAAUUAGAGCAUGACUCUUUACUACUCUUCGUUUACCACAUUAGAAAUAAAGUUACACCAGCAAGGUUUCAUUUGAAGCUGUUCUUGCAUGCUGUUUGUACUGUAUUUGAUGGCAUAAUAUUGUUUUGUUUACACCUUUUCUUUCUUGUCAUUCUAUUAUAUUCUUUAUAUGUAUAUAGUUUAAAAAAAAUUAUACAAAGUAUUUUGUUCUACCUCUGUAAAAAUCAUAUUUGUGAAUAAAGUCACAUUGUCUGUGGAGUAUGGUAUUGUGAA